ACGCUGAAAUGUGGUCUCGUCCAAAAUCCUCUGCGGUCUGCAGUGGAUAUGGCGUCACUGAAAAGUGUAGGAGUCGAGAAACUUCAUCCAUGUAAAUAACGUCAAGAAGAAAGCUGUGUGACACGCUGUAGAUAGCAAUUCGCAGUACAUAGCCUUAUUUAUUUACCAGCUUACUUUAUAAAUAUGCCCCGGAAAAAGCCAUUUAGCACCAAACAGAAGAAGAAACAGCUACAAGGCAAACGGGAGAGAAAGAGAGGUGACACAGGUUCAGGGCCGAGCAGCCGCAAUGCCAGUCUGGAGCGAGGAGAGCGACAGUCAGACACCUCGGACAGCGAAACCACUGAUGUGAGGAAAAUAAAUCAGCAGCCUUUCGCCAGGGAAGGCAGAUAUGACCCCAACAGGUUCCGACUGCACUUUGAGAAAGAGAGUAAAGAAGAAGUGGAAAAGAGGAAAAAGGUGGCCAGGGAGAAGGUGCUGAAGCCACUCUCAGGGAAGGAGGAUGAGAUCAGCAUCGACGACGUCUUCCCUCCAGAGAAAGGUCUUGGUUUCCCACGACGACCGCCCUGGAGUUAUGAGAUGACACGAGAGAACCUGCUGAAGAGAGAGGAGAAGUCGUACCGAGAGCACCUGGAUGACCUGCACUCCAGAAACCCCGAGGGCUCUCUCAGCCACUUUGAGCACAACCUGGAGACAUGGAGGCAGUUGUGGCGAGUGUUGGAGAUGUCAGACGUCAUCCUGCUAAUCGUGGACAUCAGGCACCCGGUGCUGCAGUUCCCUCCGUCCCUGUACAACUACAUCACAGGAGAGCUGGGGAAGCAGGUGAUCCUGGUGCUGAACAAAGCCGACCUGUGUCCUCCCCCGCUGGUCAUCGCCUGGAAACACUACAUGACCUCCCAGUUCCCCCACCUGCAGAUCGUCUGCUUCACCUCCCACCCAGGAGAGGCCUACAGCACAGUGCUCCAGAAGAAGCGGAUGAGGAAGAAGGCUGACUGGAGUCACGCUGGAGGACCUUUAGAUAUCCUGAAGGCCUGCCAGGAGAUCACAGCGGGGAAAGUUGACCUCUCCAGCUGGGAGCAGAAGAUCAGGCGAGAUGCCGGCGCCGAGCAGAUGGACGGAGAGCGGCUCGAUGACGGAUUAGAGACGGUGCUGGUGGAGCAUCAAACUGACAUCGCCAUGGAGAUGAACAGCCCGUCACAGGAGCUGUACAAAGACGGCGUUCUCACAAUAGGCUGCAUAGGCUUUCCGAAUGUUGGCAAGUCGUCGGUUAUUAACAGCCUGGUGGCAAGGAAGGUGGUGAGCGUGUCCCGGACCCCAGGCCACACCAAAUACUUCCAGACGUACUACCUCACCCCCACAGUGAAGCUCUGCGACUGUCCCGGACUGGUUUUCCCCUCCAUUGUGGAUAAACAGUUGCAGAUUCUGGCGGGUAUCUACCCAGUGUCUCAGCUGCAGGAGCCCUACAGCUCAGUGGGUUAUCUGUGUGAAAGGACUCCCACCUACUCGGUGCUGAAGCUCAAACAUCCCAGUCUGGUGGACAGCAAACCCCACCUUGGAAUCCAAGGGUCCGAGGACAUGAACUGGACCGCCUGGGAUGUGUGUGAGGCGUGGGCAGAGAGGAGAGGCUAUAAAACGGCCAAAGCUGCUCGCCUGGAUGUUUAUCGAGCAGCAAACAGCCUCCUGCGGUUAGCGAUCGACGGCAGGUUGUGUCUCUGCCUGAGACCUCCGGGCUACAGCUGCCUGAGGGAGCACUGGGAGAGCCACCCAGACCUGCCGGAGAUCAUCGCUCUGCAGGGGAGGACCACCACGAAGGAGGAGGGAAUGGGCGAGAGAGAUGACGAAGAGGACGGAGAGUCCAGCACGGAGCCGGAGGACGAGAGGGACCGGGACGCCGACGACGAUGAGGACGGGGAUGAUGAAGACGAGGGGUUUGCACAUCCAAAACCCAAGGAAGAAAAGCCAUCUGGCUUCACUGUCAACAUGUUCAAUGUCCUGCGGGAAAACGAGUGCGAGUGAUGAGCAAAAAGACAGAAGUGGUUCCUUUUCCCCGUUGUGUAUUUUUCCCUCCUCCUAAAUCUGCAUUCCCCUCUUUUUUGUUUUGCAGCUCCUCUCCUCAUGUCAUCCUUCUCUGUACAAUAACAUGAUCUAAUCGGAUGAGUUCCUUCCUGUAAUACACAGAGCAUAUUCAUGUGUUCAUGCUGUGCCUCUGCUCUGCUUCUUCAUCCACAAAUCCACACAUGUUCCUUCGUGUUGCUUCUAGGGUUUGGUUUGAUAUUUCCCUUUUGUUUCUUGCAUGUAGUUCUCAGAAGCCUAAAUGAACAAAGUCAUUUCCCCUCGGUCUGGAAUAAUCAAUCAAACUGGUUUUCAAUCUCCUCAUCGAUAAGUGACUUUGCAGCUGAGAUGCCAAAGUUCAGCAAAAGGAUGAUAAAACAAAAUGUCGAUAUGAUGUCAUUCACUGGAGCAGCUGGAGAUUUAAGAGCUCGGCUGUAAAUCUCCUUUAUGGACCGUAGUUCGUCAAAACGUUGGUUAAAGGGCGUGGGGACGCGAGAUAUGGGGCCAUAAAAGUGGAAUGACUAAAACCAACAUUUUACAUACAGUUACCAGUGUGAUGGUUCCGUUAGAAGUUUAUUUUUCUGAACUAGGGUUAGAAAAUGCUGAAUCUGCGAGUGAUAUUUUAUUUGGUGUGGUUUCACACAGUCAGCAGGAAACAAAGAAAAUGUUUUGGGGUUUGGGGGGGGGGGGGAUCCUGUACUGCUGGACGAGGCUGUUUCAGGAAUUUAGCUUGUAGUGUUUUAACUACUACAAACAUUAUCCUUAGAUGGAGAUCUACAGAGUUAAGUGUGGGAUUUUGUCUACACUUCUUCAGCAAGUUAAUUUAAUUAUAGCAGUACAGUGGGUCGGAUCCAACGGAGAGAAGCUCAACAGUGUCACAGGAACCGGUCGACACGCAAAUAUUCACGUACUUUCUGAGAGUCAGACGAGAAGAUGAAUGCCACUCUUGUAUCUUGAGUUUGAGACGUAAAAAGACUGGGUUGGAUGAUUGGGAAAAAAAUAUGGAAUUGUUUUUAUUUGGACUGAUUUUGCAAUUUCUAUAUGAUUCCCGAUAUUGGAGAGGAUGAUAAUUUUUACAUCUGUAUUCUCAUUUAAUUAAAAAAAAAAAAUGGUCAUAGGGGUUAUUUGAAUGAACAAAGAAAUAGUUUGGGGACAUUUUUGGGGAUUUAACAAAUAUCUUUCCCGUCCAUUUUGUGGUUUUGAUCACAUUUUGAUUCAUUAUUCACCCCUACAAAAUAAAAUCCCUACUAAUGUCUUAAUUAUCUUGUUUUUUUAAGCCGUACAUAAACCAAAGUGAAAUGUGGCCAAGAAAAAGUCCUGGAAACAGGAAUGUUGUUUCUUUGUAUGGAUUAAAGAAACAAGACCUCAUGCGUUAAUAAGUCUGUUUGGUUGCUUACAUAUUGACCGUGCUGAUUUAAGAGUUGUAUGGAUCUUCUCACCUAACUCUACGAAAGCAGAAACAAAACAGAAAGCCAGUCCGACCAUCUUAGCUUCCACCUGUCCGUCAUUGUAAAUAUCACACUCUCCAUCUGUUUUAUGAACUAUAAUUAUGACGCCGUGAUCAAUUUCAAAGUCCGAUCUUUUAAAGCUGCUGCAGACAAUUCUCAAUGUCCAUCAACGCCAUGUUUUCAUCUUGUUUUGUUUUCGUCUCCGUCUCUUACUCCCGUGUGAUAACCCCGCUACAAUCCUGAGUGCUGUAUGAUACCGUGCUGUGGUUCCUCUCCAUGCUUUCACUGAGGGGGCUCUUCAGCACCGUGCUGUGUUACUGUGUAAUGCAUCACACUGCAGCAGUCAUUUUACCUUUGGUACAAUGUCAAGCAGAUACUCCGCACUACCACGCUGAUCCAGAGAGACAGCAGACUGGUUUUGAUGUGAAUUAGUUUUUUUGUUGAAACAUUAAAACUGAAAGAGUCUAGAGAGAGUAGUGUGAAGGCUUGAGGUGAUUUCAGGCUGUUUGCUGCAUUCCUCAUUUCAUUCCUGAUGACUGCUUUCUGCAAUAAAUGAAGUAUUCCUCUA